AUGAAAAUUAAAAAAAUAAUUCCAAUACUUCUUUCACAAAUCUCAUUACAAGAGAGAAUUGAUUUAGAUCUUAAAGAUAUUCCAACUAAAACUAUGUUUGAUUAUGUAUUGUUUAUUAAACAAUUUGACAUAUCCUUAUUAUAUUGGUUAGUUUGUAAAAAAUAUACCAUGGCAAUAAGCAAAACUAUUUUUAUGAAAACAAAAAGAUUAGAUGAAUUAACAUUCUUAUAUGAAGAAUAUGGAGAUAAUCAUUAUGAAAGUAUUUUUACAUUACCAAAAUCACAAAUGUUACUUAAUCAUAUCACAAAGUUGAAGUUUAAUUCUACUGGAAACUAUUCACUUUUUCCUAAUUUAUCAAUUUAUGUUAAAAAUAUCAAAUAUCUUUCCAUUAAUUUUUACUGCAAUAGUAAUAAUCAUAAAAAUGUUGUGAAAUUUUUUGAGGAUCUUAUUGAAUUUAUUUCUGUUCAAAAUAAUUUGGAAUAUUUUAUCAUAAAUAUUAAAUCUAAUCUAAGUAGUAUUAGACAUAUGGAAAAAUGGAGAGGACUUUUCUUUAAACUUUCUGAAUCUCAUUCUAUAAAGUAUAUAAUGAUUAAAGGUUGUAUUGAUGGAGAACAAACUGAUUUGAAUUUUUUAUCUAAUUGUUCAAAUCUUGAAGAAUUACAUUUAGAUUCUAUGUUUAUUGAUUAUGAUCAAUUGGUAUGCUUAAAAAAUAUUUAUCUACCAAAAUUAUUUUCUUUCUCAUUAUUAGAUUGUUAUUUCAUUUCUCCGAAAUCUAAUUAUAAUUAUCAAAAAAAUUUAUGGCUAAUUUAUAUUACAGAAUUUUUAAUGAAUCAUAGUAAUACUUUGAAGGAAUUAAAAAUAAUUUUAAGGCUCGGAACUGUCAAACAAAAUAAUUUGAAAUCAAUCCUUGACGAUUUAUCAUUAUAUUGUCAAAAUCUUACAUUGAUUGGAUUAAAAUUGGAACAUAUUUUUGGUUAUGUAGAAUAUGGAGAGAAAUUUGAUGAAAUAUUAAAUGAAUUCAAAUCUUUCUGUAAUAAUUGUCCAAAUCUACAAAAAAUUAUUUUAUUUUCUUCAAAUUUUCAUCAUUUUAAUUUACCUAAAGAAUUAUUAUUGAUUUUUAUAAGAUCACUUCCUAAAACUUUAAAAUCUCUUUCAUUUAAAGGAGUAAUUGAAUUUGAUCAUUUAAAAGAAAUUAUAAAAAAUUAUAUUGAUAAUUUAAUUAAUUUAGAUUUCUAUUAUUAUGCAUGUGUUAAUGUAUUAGAAAGAGAUAUUGAUGAAAUGACAAAAAAUAGAAAAUUAAAACUUAGAUAUGAUAAAAAAAGAAUUAGUAUUGAUUCGACAUCAACAUAUAGAUAUUUUUUAGAUUUUAAUUACCCUUGGUUAGCUAGCAAUACAAUGGAUGGUAAAGUAUUUAACUUAUAA